AGGAAAAAAUUGUUUUGAUAUAUUUUUGGAGACACUUUUCAUUCAAUCAUUUGUUUCCCUUUUGAUUACAAUUAAUUCUUCGUUUAAAGUAUUCUAUUCUCACCACAGUUUAUAUUGUUAACUCAAUUGAUCAAGUUCUCUAUUGACGAAAAUGAGCCAACAAGAUGAUAUCAAAAGACCAGGGACUCGAGUUUUCAAGAAAUCAUCGCCCAACGGUAAGAUAACCGUUUACCUUGGAAAAAGGGACUUCGUGGACCAUAUUUCACAAGUUGACCCAAUAGAUGGUGUAGUCUUAGUCGAUUUGGAUUAUGUUAAAGAUCGUCGGGUAUUUGGCCAUAUUUUAGCCGCUUUCCGUUAUGGAAGAGAGGAUUUAGAUGUUCUUGGAUUAACAUUUCGAAAAGAUCUUUACUUAGCUUCAGAGCAAAUCUUUCCAGUUCUAGAGGAGAAAAGCAAAAGACCUCGAACCAGAUUACAGGAGCGAUUAAUCAAAAAAUUAGGUCCAAAUGCAUUCCCAUUUUAUUUCGAGCUUCCACCUCAUUGUCCAGCAUCAGUUACUCUUCAACCGGCCCCUGGUGAUACCGGUAAACCUUGUGGAGUAGAUUAUGAAUUGAAAGCUUACGUUGCCGAGAAUCUUGAUGAAAAGCCACAUAAACGCAAUUCCGUUAGAUUAGCGAUCAGGAAAAUUACUUAUGCACCAAGUGAACAGGGUGAACAGCCAAGUGUCGAAAUAAGCAAACAGUUCGUGAUGUCGCCAAAUAAAUUACACUUGGAAGCUUCACUUGAUAAAGAGUUGUAUCAUCACGGUGAAGAUAUCGCAGUCAAUGUACAUAUUGCAAAUAACUCAAAUCGCACGGUUCGAAAAAUCAAAAUAUCAGUUCGUCAAUUUGCUGAUAUUUGUCUUUUCUCAACGGCACAAUAUAAAUGCUCGGUAGCUGAGAUCGAGAGUGAGGAUGGUUGUCCUGUUAGUCCAGGAUUUACUUUAUCUAAAGUCUAUUAUCUGCGACCUCUUCUAUCUGAUAAUAAGUCAAAAAGAGGAUUAGCACUCGAUGGUCAACUUAAACACGAAGAUACAAAUCUUGCAUCAUCAACAAUUAUAACAGAUCCAGAACAUAAAGAAAAUCUUGGAAUAAUUGUUCAAUAUAAAGUUAAAGUAAAACUUUGCUUGGGUCCUUUGGGAGGUGAUGUUGUUGCCGAAUUACCUUUUGUUCUGAUGCACCCAAAGCCUGAAGAUGAUCCUGAGCCUUCUGGAGCAACACCGACUGAUGGUGAUCCAAAUCAUGUCAAUAGCGAAGGAGCCAAACAAGAAUCAAAUGAUUUUAAUUUAAUCCAAUUGGAUACGGAACCGACAGAAGAUGACAUAAUCUUUGAAGACUUCGCUCGGAUUAGAUUAAAAGGCGAAAAUGAUGGAAAGUAAAUUAAAUCCACUGACAAAAUCGACAAAACCAAGAGACACAAAUACAUAAACAAUUUAAUAAAAAGACACAAGAAACACAUAUACACCAAUCGCAUACAACAAACACACAAAACAAAUUAAAUGAAUUUCAAUUCCUCUAAAUUGUUUUUGUAAAAUAUAACUUUCUUUUGCCAUGUAAAAAAACUACAGAUUGUAUCCAUUAUUAUUAUCAUAAUUAUCAUUUAAAUUUUAAAUCAAACAAUCAAAAA